AAUUUCACCCUUUGCAAACUACAAGAGAUUUCUCUUGGAAAUGUGCUCAUGAGAGUAGUACUUUUUGGCUGCCCCCACCUUUAUACACUUCAUCCUCUACUCUCUGUCAGAGAUUAACUCAAACACUUAUUACUCAAUAAUGUUAGCAUGCUUUUCAUUGAGCACUCUCGAUGUUUUGCCUGCGAGGAAUUUUCGCUCAAGCGCUAGGCCGAGUUUCACUCCGGAAGACGCCCUCGUAUUUCUCGAGAGAUGCACGAGUUUUAAGCAAAUGAAGCAAAUACAUGCGAGGAUAAUCCGAAGCAGCCUCCAUCGGCAUCAAGUAAUUGUCACAAGAUUGAUUCGGCUUUGCUCUUCCUAUGGGAAGCUGGAUUACGCCACUUUAGUCUUUGAACAGAUUGAAAACCCAUCAACGUUUGCUUGGAAUUUGCUUAUCAGAGCAUACACUGUGAAUGAUUGCUCACUUCGAGCUAUUAUUUUCUAUAAUUUGAUGAUUUGCCGGGGUGUUGAUGUGGAUAAGUUCACGUUCCCGUUUGUGAUGAAAGCAUGUUUGGCUUGUUGUUGCAUUGAGAAGGCGAGGGAGGUUUAUGGGUUUGCUGUUAAGACGGGGUUUUCUGGAGAUGUACACCUGGAUAACGUUUUGAUGGAUUUGUAUUUGACGUGUGGGAAUUUAAGUGAGGGGCUGAAGGUGUUUGAUAAAAUGCGCGUGAGGACUAUUGUCUCCUGGACUACGAUGAUCGCUGGGCUUGUUUCCAAUGGAAGAAUAGAUUUAGCGCAACACAUGUUUGACAAAAUGCCGGUGAAAAAUGUAGUUUCUUGGACUGCAAUGAUAAACGGCUAUGCUAAAAGUGAGAAACCGGAGAAGGCUUUUGAACUAUUUGCAGAAAUGCAGCGUGAUAACAUAAAGCCGAAUGAGUAUACACUGGUUGGCCUCUUGAUGGCUUGUGCUGAAUUAGGGAGUCUUAAAUUGGGCUGUUGGGUUCACGACUUUGCAAUCAAGAAUGGGUUUGAGGUUGGGGUUUUCCUUGGGACUGCUCUCAUCGACAUGUAUAGCAAAUGUGGUAGUUUGGAAUAUGCAAAACGAGUGUUUGGAAACAUGGAAAGUAAGAGUGUAGCUACAUGGAAUGCAAUGAUUACUAGUCUUGGUGUUCAUGGGCGUGGUGAAGAAGCCCUUGCACUUUUUCAGGAGAUGGAGAGGUUGAGCAUCAAGCCUGAUGCAAUAACUUUCAUAGGCGUUUUAUGUGCUUGCCUGCAGACGAACAACAUUGAGAAGGGUUGUAAAUACUUCCAUUACAUGAUUGAGAGUUACGGUAUUAAACCUAGCCUUGAGCAUUAUCUUUACCUGUUUGAGAUGGAGUCCUGUCUGGCCCAGUCGCUUGAUACAAAGUCAUCAGAUUUUCCCAUGUUAUGACGUGUUCAUAGAGCAACAACAAUACUGUGAAAUCAACUUUUUGUGAUAAAAUGGUUUCUCUUCUGAGAUGCCAUGCACCAGGAGCCUCAAGGAACUCCAUUAUAACGUCGAAGCAAGAUCUGGGCAAAAUUGAAGAGGAAGAAUAGAAGAAAAGGCAUGCCUUUGGUCGGCUUUUGAUUGCCACUCAUGCAUUACAGUUGAGAUGAACAAGUUAUACCAAACUCGAGCGUUGCACAUUUUUUAAUGCCGGGAGAACAAGCAAGGUGAUACUGUGU